AUGGCUUUGUGUAUUAAGAAUAUUUAUUCUGACUUCAAAGGGAAAUUACGAGGGAACCGUAUUGAAAAUUUGAUUUGGCUUUUAAAUUUCGUUCCCAAACUGGUUGGUUUUUCGCUUGAAAGGGAAACUGUAUUUGUACCAUUUCUAGUUCUGACUAUCACUCUCCUACUGUACGUGUAUGGAGCUGGAAUUGUGAUGUACCAAGUGAAAUUUGCGCAGACGCCGAAGGAUUACGUGAAGAAUUAUUUCAACGUGUCCAUAUCGAUUUUCGCCAUUACCAAUUGUUAUUGGUGGAUAAAGCAAAGACCCUUACUGCUGAAAGUUUUGAAACAAGUGAACGAGAAUGACAGGCUGUCAAGAAAAACUCCUUGCUUGCAGAGUACUCAAGAAAAACUUCUUUCAGUCGUGAAGAAAAUCCUCUUAUUGUUCUACGGCUUCAAUAUUAUAGAUUCCAUAUUUAUAUACGUUCCACAUCGCGUGGAUGUGUGUAAUAAUUAUUACUCUAUGACGCCUUGUGUAGGUCUAGAGCCGAUAACAUCAACACCAAACAAACAAAUAUGUCUAAUAGUUCUUGCACUCCAAGAGUUCUGUAUAAUAACAGUGGUCCUCAACUUUCAAGCUCUACUUCUCUUCUUAAUAGCUCAUACAUCCGCGAUGUACCAGAUGCUAUCAGCUGAAAUACUUUCAUUGGACAGCCAGAUAGACUAUCAAGUUGUGAAGGAGAAGCUACCAGAUAUAAUUGGGCGACAUGUUUUAACCUUGGAUAUCACAAGGAACCUCCAGUCGCUAUACAGUACACCAAUCGGCGUAAACUUCGGCACCAACGCUGUUUGUAUAGCUCUGUUCUUCUCUCUCUCUUUUCAGGAAUGGAUUAACUUCAGUCCCAUUUUGAUCUACUGUUUCCUAGUAUUCUUCUUGUACUGCUAUCUGUGCCAGAAGUUGAUAGAUGCUUCGGAGAUGUUCGAGCAAGCGGUCUACGCCUGUGGCUGGGAGAAGUUCCAGUUGAAAGAAAAGAGUGUUGUCUAUAUAAUGUUGCUGCAAGCGCAGAAACCAGUCAAGUUGUUAGCGGCUAAUAUUGUUCCGGUGAAUAUUUAUACUUUUGCGACUACCCUUCAGUUGGUGUAUAAGUUUAUUACUGUUGUUAAGCUUUAA